ACAUCAAAAAAAACUUUGUUACGCGCGCCUAGCGCCGGUGUGUAUGCUGUCCUUUACGCCGUUCUUACAAAGACAACAACUCCCAUCAUCUUGGUGAAAGGGAGUUUGGCAGACAAGACAAACAUUUGGCCGAGAAGAGCUAUAAUGACCGGCGUAGUUUGGGGACUUUUCCAACACCUUCCGCGCUUCAUGGAGUCUGACUGCAAACGUUUCCAGCCCUGGAGAGACUACAUGGGACUGUCGGACACAAUCCGAGAGAUCCUGGGCCGGGCCCCGGCCAGUGAGGCCUCUAAAGCUCCGCACUCAGAAUCUGAUAACCUGUGCGAGGCACUGAUGUCCGUGCGCAUGGGGCUAAACACCGUCUGCCAAAGUGGUGGAUCAGGUGUAUCUACGCUGUGUGUGCCAGGCUCUUCGACUCCUCAACGCCCUCCUGAUGAUUUGCCAUAUGCGACAGACCCGUUUCGUGUCGAGACAUCGGAAGCGGCGGAUUUGAAGACAGUUUCGAGACCGACAGGCUCCCGGGGACCUAAAGAACGCAAGAAAACCACUCGUUUCAAAAUCCCGGAUCCUCCGUUGUUAGCAGCGUCAUCUGAGCGCAUGUUCUGCAGUUUCUGCAAGCACAACGGAGAGUCCGAGUUGGUUUGCGGAUCCCACUGGCUGAAGAACCAGGCCGGAGAUGUUUUGUGUCCCUAUCUGCGGCAGUAUGUGUGUCCUCUGUGCGGAGCCACAGGGGCCAAAGCUCAUACUAAGCGCUUCUGUCCAAAAGUGGACAGCGCGUACAGCUCCGUGUACGCCAAGUGCAGACGCUGAACCAUCAGAUGGCAGCAACAAGGCUGACUCCUUUUUAUUUGAGUGUGGAUUUGUUUAUUAACACGUGUGGCUUUCAUUUGCAUGCCAAACCUUUCUAAGACUACAGUUGUGAUCAUCAGUCAUAACUAUAUUGUAGAAAUUGUAAACACCUUGUGACCAUGUCGGCAUUUUAAAUUUUUAAAAAUAUGAGUGACUUGUUCUGUGUAAAUAACCUGUUCUUGAGGCAUGUUUUAUUUUGAAUAUUGUAUGUGAGGC